GAAGCGGAAGAGAAAAAAGCUCCAUUUGAAUCUGCAAACUGGAAGUGUUGAGGCGUGCGGAUAUUUUGCUGCAGUGAAUGGUUUGUCUUUCCGGGAAGAAGGUCAGGGGGAGGGAACAUUUCUUGAGUUUCUCCUUUACACAACUCAGGAAAUCCAACAUGGAGGCCCUGAGUAAAGGCCGCGAUAUAAGCCUUUCUGCCUUGAAACAAAAUGACCCUUUCAUCUCCAGCAUCGUCGAUGUGACCAGCCAGGUUGCGUUGUAUACUUUUAACCCAAAGGCCAGUGAGUGGGAGAAGACUGAUAUAGAGGGUACUUUGUUUGUAUAUACCAGGUCAGCUUCUCCUUACCAUGGCUUCACAAUCAUGAAUCGACUUAACAUGAAAAAUUUAGUUGAACCCAUCAACAAGGAUCUGGAGUUUCAGCUCCAAGACCCAUUUCUUCUCUAUAGAAACUCAAACUUGUCCAUUUACAGCAUCUGGUUUUAUGACAAGAAUGAUUGUCAGCGAAUUGCACAACUCAUGUCAAAGGUAGUUCAAAUGGAAGCACAGCGAGCCCAGCAAGAAUCUCCAGGGAGAACCACUCCAAACAAGCCCAGUGGAUAUGAUGAAGAAAAUCCUAUUGACAUCUUAGACAUGCUUAGUAAAGCCAAGGAAGAAUACGAACAAACAUGCCAGUUUGGUGAUUCAAGUAUUUUAUCAAGUUCGCCAGGCAUACACAACUCUGCAGGCUUAGCAGUGAAAAAGUCAAUAGAUGAACAUAACUCCUCUCCAGCCCAGCACCAUAACAAGCAUAUUCUUUCAGGCACCAAGCAUUUGACAGUAGAGGAGUUAUUUGGAGCACCUGUUUCUAAAGAGCACUUAAUGAAUUCUAACCAAGAAACUUUAUUGACAUCUCAGCCAGACACCAAAUUACGAAGUCAAAACUUAGGUUUGCCAUUUGCUUAUGAACAUGCAACAGAACUUAAGCAGUUGGGAAGCCCUGAGAGUCAGAAUAACAAAAUCAAUUUUUCCCAAAUUAGCAAUUCAAAUUACCAAGAAGAUGCUGCACAAGUUCUAAUGACACCAGCUGCUCUCCAAAAAUCUGACAUCAAAACCAAUCGUAUGUACAAUAUUUCUGCCAGUCCCCUCUUUCAGUCUUCUCUAAAUUUUGAAGCUACUUCUAAUCAGAGUGCAGCCACCAUCAACACUAAUGGCCAUAGUCAGAAUUUGCAACAAGAAGUCAAAGCAGUAUCACCACUGAUGAUGUGUCCUUCUUCUGAAAUGACAUGUGCUAACCAGAACCUGCCGUCAGGAAGUAAUCAGACUCCACAGAGUGGCGCUGGUGAAAGAAGCAUUUCAGAUAUUGGAUCUCAAGGUCAUGAACUGCUUCAGAAGCUCAAACUGACGCAACAGCAUGAUCAGCAGCAUCAGACGCUCACUAAACCAUCAUUAGCGGCAAAUUUUUCUCCAAUACUUGUUACACCAGAAAGCUUUAAAGAACCAAACAUAAGGACCACAGAAACUUCAUUACAGGUGGUUCUCACGCCAACAAACACUUCCUCAGUUGGUCCAUCCAUGCUUUUAUCUCCUGGUAUGUUCAAGCAUUCAACAGCAAUGAUUUCAGAAACUGAAAGGAAAUAUGGUUCAACCUCCCCUUUAACUUUGGCAUCAGAAUCUCGAUCUUCACCACUACCAACUGUUCUCAGUAAGACUCAACUUCAGGAAGCAUUAACUCACCUAAUAAAGAUUUCAGGAAAUUGAUCGUCACCAUUGUAGAGAAGCAUGCCUUUUUCCAGUUCGGAGGACUAAUGAACCUGCAUCAAAGCAUGAGUUCAGUUAGGAAGCUAUUCAAAGAAACUUUCGAGAUGGGAGCAAAAGAAAGCAACUGAGUUUGGAUGGGUGUUGCUUUAUAUGUUGAAUUCUUCUGGAGCUUCUUAAAAUCACUUUAUCAUAAUACCACAGUCCUGGGGCAGUGAUUUGUCCUUGUUUAAAUUUUUUUAGCCUUUUUUUCUUAUAAUCAAUCUAUUCCGAUGUUUUCGUACACCUCCCUGGAGCAGGUGGCAACUUGAACCCAGGCCUUCCAGUCCAUGGGUAGGGACUCCACCUCUGCCACAAACGGGUUCCUCAGUGCACUGACUUUGUUUGUUUGUUUGUUCCCACAAGUAACUACAUGCAUCUGGGCAUGACUGACUUCUUUACCCAUGACCAGGUUUUCAGUAGCUGGCUUGGAGCCAUUUUAUUGUUAAUGAUAAUCUAGCGUCUCCUAUGUGGCCUUCUACAGUGUGUACUUUCUUCACGUGGACGGCUGAUGUGAAAAUUCAUGACAAUACAAUGCCUGGAAAAUAGUCAAUUGAAUUUCUUACUCUGUGUGCAUGUCCGAGUGCUUGUGACACAAUGCAAAUAAUGAACUUGUGGAAAUUUCACAUGUCUUUAGUAAGAUGGAUGUUCACAGAAUCACAGAAGUGUCGGGGUGCAGAGGGCAAUUAUUUGGCCUAUUGUGCUUGCAUGAGCACUUCAAACAAAAAUCAUUGUUCUGUGAAUUUCAUGCUCUUUCCUUAUACACUUGCAUAUUCUUAUCUAAAUAAUACUCCAAUGUCCGCUUGAAUUGAACCUGCCUCCACCACACUUUCAAACUCUAACCACGUGCUGAGUGAAAGAGCAUUUCCUCUCUUCACUCUCGCUUCUUUUGCAGAUCACUUUAAAUCUGUCUUCCCUUAUAAAAAAGGAGCUAGAAGAAAGUUUUUUUUCUCUUAUUCUCUACUCAGCCUGUUCAUGAUUUUGAAACCUUUAUCAAAACUCCAAUUCGCUGCCUUCUCUCCAAGGAGAAUAAUACCAACUUCUUUCAUUUUUCCUAACUGAAUUUUCUCAUCCCUGGAACAAUUCUUUAUAAACCAGUUCUGCAUUUUCUCCAAUACAUUCACAUCUGUGGUGUCCGGCGAAUUGACCAAUUAAGUGACUUCCAAAUAAAUUUGAAGCUCCAUCAAUUCUACUCCAGAUUCAUGUUGGCUAUUAAAUGAGAUUUUGCUUGUGUUUGGUGUGUGUUGGUCAUUAAUGUAAAUGUGAACAUUUCUAUUUCUGAAGGAAUGUUAUUGAUAAAACUAACCUAUCCUACCUUUUGCUAUGAUCUUAAUUUUGAACAUUGAUUUUGUACUCUUUCUUUGUAACCCUGCUGCUUUUAAUUAUGAUUUGGAAUGUUAGUUUAUUUUCUUGUGAAUGAGGCACGGAUAUACAGGUGCACAGGAAUAUCAGUGUAGAUUGUGAUUUUGUUACGUUAUCCUUUAGCACAUUUUUGGGUCCUUCUAAACCGUGCUUGGCUUUCUCCAUAGGGGUUAACAAUGACCUUUCACAAAACUUUAUCUCCCGUCCCCAGAUCCAUUGCCAAUUUUUGAAUCUAACACUUCAUCCUUAUGCUGAACAUUGUCUCCUAAGGUCCAGUGCAGAUAGGCCACUAGGAUCUAAGCCUUUGCGACUCAAAGUCCUACAAGGGUUUUUUUCUUCCUCUUCAAUCUUUACAAAGCCGAAAAAACAACUAGCAGGAGCAAGCAAUCAGUCACUUGCUGGAGAGAAUUGGGUUAAAAACAAAGUAGUUUUUCCUCCACAAUUGACACUCGUUGCAAAAUGUAUGGAGCCAGCUCUCAAAUUCUGUACGAUUUUCCAAUCUUGUGUAGUACAUGUUACAUGCACGAUUAUGUCUUAUAAAGUUAAGAGUCAGUUUCUCUAAUUUCUUCCACAUGCAUCAUGGGUCUACUUUUUUUUCGAUUGCUUGUGUAAGUAAAUUAUAAGUUCAGUGAAAUAGGAGACAGAUGUAAUUUUAUU